AUGCCACCACCACCUCACAGCAAGCCUGAAAAUGUGCUUAAGCGUGCACAGGAGCUGGUCGGGGUCGGCCAGGCCCAGGCAGCACUGUCGCUUCUUCACGAGCAUGUCGUCUCCAAGAGGACGCGCAACAGUCCAAUCGCCUCGCUUGAGCCCGUUAUGAAGCUUUUCGUCGAACUUUGCGUCGACCUCCGGAAAGGCAAACUUGCCAAAGAUGGCCUAUAUCAGUACAAGAACACUGCUCAAAAUACGAAUGUUGGAACAAUCGAGACGGUGUUCAAACACUUCAUCUCUCUCGCCGAAGACAAAGUCACAGAGGCUCAAACAAAGUCCGAUGAAGUACAGUCUACCGCGACUACGUCAAACGUCGAUGACCUCGAAGCUUCCGAGACGCCUGAAUCCAUCCUUCUGUCCACCGUGUCUGGCGAACAAUCAAAAGAUCGUACAGAUCGCGCUAUAGUCACGCCAUGGCUUAAGUUUCUGUGGGAAACCUACAGAACGGUAUUAGACAUCUUCAAGAAUAAUGCUCGCCUGGAGAUCAUGUAUCAGACAACAGCCCACCAAGCCUUCCAGUUCUGCUCGAAAUAUGCACGCAAGACGGAAUUCAGACGUUUGUGUGAACUUUUACGGAAUCAUCUCCAAAAUGCUGCCAAAUUCUCGUCUCAGACGCACGCCAUCAAUCUCAGCGACCCAGACACUCUCCAACGCCACCUAGACACAAGAUUCCAACAGCUCAAUGUAGCUGUGGAGCUAGAGUUGUGGCAAGAGGCUUUCCGCAGUAUUGAGGAUAUCUACACUCUCGUCAGUCUUAGCAAGCGGCCGCCAAAGAAUAUCAUGAUGGCGAACUACUACCAAAACCUGACCAGAAUCUUCCUCAAGAGCGAGAACUAUUUGUUUCAUGCUGCAGCUUGGAGCCGUUACUAUAACCUUAUGCGCCAAUCAGCAAACGCUGUUGCUCUAGGACAAAGCCCCAAGAAGGACAAUCCAGCUGUCACUGAGGCUGAUAUGACCAAGGCUGCUUCCUUUGUCUUACUUUCCGCCCUUUCAAUCCCCGUCAUCAGCACUUCGAGGUCCCGUGGCGCGCUUGUUGAUGUAGAUGAGGCUAAAAAGAACAAGAACGUUCGACUGACAAAUCUUCUGGGAAUGAGCACCGCUCCAACCCGUUCAAUCCUGUUCAAAGACGCUCUAUCCAAGGGCUUACUGAAGCGUGCUAGGCCUGAGAUCCGUGAGCUGUACAAUAUUCUCGAGGUUGACUUCCACCCGCUAUCGAUCUGCAAGAGGAUAUCUCCCAUUCUUACCCAGAUUGGUGAGGAUUGCGAGAUGGAGAAAUACGUCCUGCCUCUUCAACAGGUUAUACUCACUCGGUUAUUCCAACAAUUGUCCCAAGUAUACGACUCGGUAGAGAUUGACUUUGUCCUCGGUCUCGCUCAGUUUCCCGAGCCAUUUCAGGUUACGAAGAGUACCAUUGAGAAGUUCAUCAUGAAUGGUUGCAAGAAGGGUGACCUUGCCAUUCGUGUCGACCACGCCGCUGGUGUCCUAACCUUCGACUCCGACGUCUUCUCCUCUGCUAAAGCCCUUCACCCCGGUUCAGGCUCUGGAUCUGCUGAUGCAGAUGUAGGCUCUGUUCAACGCCUACAAAGCACACCCGCCGAAAUUGUGCGCUCCCAGCUCACACGACUUGCUAAAGCACUUUAUACAACCUGUCAAUACGUCGAUCCUUCGUUCAAUGCCGCUAGACACGCUGCCAAAGAACGAGCACUGACUCGAGCCAAGGCCGGUGCUGACCCUGAGCGGGAGGCCACAUUAGCGAGGAGAGCAAUAAUUGAGAAGAAAAAGCAGGCUGCUUCAAGCGCACAAGCUAAGAAAGAACAAGAGGAGCAGAAGAAGAAAGCAAUUCGCCAACAACAAGCUAUGGAAGAGGAGCAACGACGUCUGAGGGAAGAGCAAAAGGACCGAGAGACUAAGCGUCUUCAGGCCGAGCAACAGAGGAUACAGCGUGAAGAGAUCGAGAAGCAGAUCAGUGAGCUCAAAAAGGAUAGCAAGAUCGCUAUCGAUCUUCCAGAGGAUAUCUCGACUCUCGACAGCGCACGAAUUCGUGCACUGAAGCUUCAAGCUUUAGAGAAGGAGAAGAACCAAUUGGGUGAUCAACUCCGCAUUUCUGGCAAGAGGAUCGAUCAUCUCGAACGAGCCUAUCGACGAGAGGAAAUCAAACACUUGACCAAGGACUACGAAGCGCAAAUGGCUGCCGACAGGCAAGCCUACGAUGAAGCGACAGAGCUUGAGCUGAAGGAGUCCAAGGAGAAGCACACAGAAUCUGUUGAACUCAAACAUCGUCUCGAGCGUCUGGUGCCGCAGUACAAGGACUUCAUCACCACUGUUCGCGAACAACGCAGAGCUCAAUUUGACAAACAAAAGAAGGCAGCCGAGAAGGAACUCCAGCAGAAGAUUCAGCAGCGUGUCAAAGAGGUUCGCGAGCGACAGGCGCGUGAGAAGCGUGAGGCUGAAGAGGCCGCUCAACACGAGCGCGAAGAGCAAGAAAGGUUAGAGAAGGAGGCUGAACGGAAGGUUCGCGAAGAAGAGGCAAAGCGUGAAGAGAUGGCCGAAAGGAAACGUCUACGAGAUAUUGAGAACAAGAGACUCGACGAGAUCGCCGCCAAGCAACGUCAGCGAGAAGAAGAGGCAGAGGCCCGCCGAAAAGCUGGUGGUGCUCGUGCUCCACAACCUCCUACACGCUCAUUUGAACGACCUACUGAGCCAACCACUGCUACUGCCAGCGGCCCACCACGUAUCUUUGGAGACAAGCCUUCGUGGCGUGACCGCCAAGCUGCCAAAGAAGCCGCUGCUGCUGCUGGUGGAGCUACCGCUACACCACCUGCUCGCUCUGAAUCCCCAGCUGUUGCAGGUACGGAAGAACCUCCCAAACGUACCGGCUACGUUCCUCCUGCCCUCAGAGCUGCCGGAGGUGCUGCGCCGGGUGGUGGAUGGAGGCCUCGUGAAGGUAGUGGCAGAGGACCCGCAAGAGAUAGCUCACAUGGCCGGACUGAAAGUCCUGCAGCUGGCAGCGGCAGAUGGCAAACCCGCGGCCGUGGUGACGGUCCCUCGAGGGAAGGUCCACGCGAGUCCAGAGCGCCUCGGGACGAUUCUCGGGACGUGCCCCUCCGAGAGGAGCGGCCGCCGCCAGCGGAUCCAGCCUCUGCAGGUGGGAAGUAUAGGCCAGGCAUGUUUGGAUCGAUGAAGACGCAGCCACAACAGUAG